ACCCUCUAUUGAAUCUAUCACUACUAGACUGGCUGCAUUAAAUGUCAUUCUUAACAUGCAGCGACAUCUACAGAGUUUUUAUUAAAGUGAAUUUACAUAGGAAAGCACGUGUAUAACAUCAUAACCAUAAUCUUUAAAAACCCUCCAACGGGUUUCCAUAAAGUUUAUUGUUUUGUUAUAAUUAGUGUUAAAAAUGGGUGAUAGUGCCGGGGUAGAAGACAAGAAGAAAUCUCAUCGAGAUCGAAAUUCUGGCAGGAAAGCAGAUAAGAAAAAAGCUAAGAAAGAUGCUAAGAAUCCCGUUUUGGAGCUUACCGAUAAGCAGCGCAACCCUAAAGCCUUUGCCUUUAACUCUGCCAUCCGCGCCGAACGAAGAUUUCGUCGUAAAGAAGACAUAGAAACAAAAAAGCAACACAUUCCUAUAGUUGACAGACAAUCCAUUGAACCUCCACCAAUUUUAAUUGCUGUUGUUGGUCCUCCAAAGGUUGGAAAGACAACUGUUAUAAACAAUCUAAUCAGGUUGUUUACCAGGUCACCUCUUACAGAUAUCAAAGGUCCUGUUACAAUUGUAACUGGCAAAAAGAGAAGAAUUACAUUUAUUGAAUGUAAUAAUGAUAUCAAUUCAAUGAUUGAUUUAGCAAAGGUAGCAGAUUUAGUUCUUCUAUUGAUUGAUGCUAGUUUUGGUUUUGAAAUGGAAAUCUUUGAGUUUUUGAAUAUUUGUCAAGUGCAUGGCAUGCCUAGAAUUAUGGGUAUUCUUACACAUUUGGACAUGAUUAAGAACCAAACUGCUUUAAAAACUAAAAAGAAAACACUCAAGCAUAGAUUUUGGACUGAAGUGUAUCCAGGAGCUAAGUUGUUUUAUUUAUCAGGAAUAAUUCAUGGAGAAUACUUGAGAAAUGAAGUUAAAAACUUGGGCAGAUUUAUUUCUGUGAUGAAAUUUAGACCUUUAACAUGGAGGACAACACAUAGUUACCUCCUGGGUGACAGGUAUGAAGAUUUGACGAAUCAGGAGAUUGUUAGGAAGAAUCCAAAGUGUGAUAGAAAUAUUUCACUUUAUGGAUACAUUAGAGGAGUACCAUUGAAUAAGAACACUAUGGUUCACGUUGCGGGUUUUGGUGACUUGCGAAUUCAUGACAUUUCAUUCCUGCCUGAUCCGUGUCCAUUGCCGGAUCAAAUCAAGAAACGUGCGUUGAUUGAGAAAGAAAAAUUAAUCUACGCUCCGUUUUCUGGUGUUGGUGGCAUUGUUUAUGAUAAAGAUGCUGUUUAUGUAGAGUUGGGUGGUUCGCAUAGUCAUAAUAAACGCGACGAUGAGGAUGAAACGACUAAUUUAAUGACAAAUUUAAUUGAUGCUAAAGAAACUUUGGAUGUUAAAAUGGAACACUCCAAAAUGAAGAUUUUCACUGAGGGUGAAGAGAUUACAGCUGAAGAUGUUGGUAGGGAAGACGAUUCUGAUGAUAGUGAUGAUGAUGAUGAAGAUAAAAUAGUUCAGAAUGAAAAUAAAGUUGAAUUAUAUGCUAAACCUCAAGAAAAAGAGGAGGAUGAUUUGGAUAAAGAGUUGGAGGAGUUGAGGAAACAGCAUAAGGCGGAGAUUGUCACGGAUGAUGCUGGAAGGACUCGAAGGAAAGUUGUUUUUGAUGUUCCUGAUGAUCAAUUUGCUGAAGAUUUAUCUGAUGGAGAAGAUGAUGAUGGUGAUGAGGAUGAAGAGGAGGAAGAAUCGGAUGUUGAAGAAGAAAAUGAAGAUGAUUUUGAUAAUCCAGACUUGAAAUGGAAGGAUAAUUUAGCUAAAAAAGCCGAAGAGGCAUUCUUCGAACGCCAAAAGUCCAGCAAAAAUCUUAUGAAGUUAGUUUACGGUGUAUUUGACACUAAACAUUUAACAAAACUCAAAGAAAACGAAGAAAGCGAGGAGGAAGAAGAAGAAAUUGGUGGGCUAUUCAAAGUCGCGUCAAGAGAACAAGAAAAACGAAAAAUGGAGAAGGAUCAAAUGGAUCUAGAAGAAUCCACGUUGAAUAUGCCAUGGAACGCCAACAUCCGCAAUUGGCUCGAAAAUGAAAACAAAAUAAACAUACAGAAUUGUUUCGUUACUGGCAAAUGGAAAGAAUCUGAAGAUGCCAGUGAAUUACUACGUUUAGACGACGCGGAAGAUCUCAGCGAUGUUGGAUCGGAAUGUUUUGGUGAUUUUGAAGACUUAGAAACAGGUGAAAAGUUUUCUGGUGCUGAUAAAACCAACAAUCCAGGUGGUACAACAGAUAAACGCAAGAGAAAUGAAUCAGAGAAGGAUCAACGUGCUGAUCGGGAAGCACUAGCCGAAAAGAAGCGAAAACUAAAGGAAAAAUUCGAUGCUGAGUAUGAUAAUUCAGAAAAAGCUUCGUUUUACGAAGAUUUGAAAACCACCGCCGAGAAACAAGCACAACUCAAUAAAUCAGUGUUUGAAAACAUGCCAGAUGACCUACGCGUGCAGAUCGAAGGAUAUCGUGCAGGAAUGUACGUCCGAAUCGAAUUCCAAAAUGUCCCCUGCGAAUUUAUUACGAAUUUUAAUCCUAAUUAUCCGAUUGUUCUCGGGGCUUUGAACAUGGGCGAAGAAAAUAUUGGUUUUGUUAAUGUUAAGAUCAAAAAACAUCGUUGGUAUAAAAAGAUUUUAAAGGCUAAUGAUCCUUUAAUUAUAUCAUUGGGUUGGAGACGAUUCCAAACAAUACCACUUUAUUCAAAGUUGGAGGAUGAUAUGAAAUGCAGAUAUUUAAAAUAUACCCCGGAACAUCUAACGUGUAAUGCGCACUUUUGGGGACCAAUUACACCUCAAGGUACCGGUUUUCUUGCACUUCAAAGUUGUGAUCAUAAUAUUGAAGCGUUACAAUCGCUGGGUUUCCGUAUUGCUGCUACUGGAGCAGUACAAGAGUUAGAUAAAUCAACACAGAUCAAAAAGUUAAAAUUGAUCGGUUAUCCGAUGAAAAUUUACAAAAAGACUGCUUUUAUCAAAGGGAUGUUUAACAGUUCAUUAGAAGUGGCUAAAUUUGAAGGUGCACGUAUUAAAAGUGUGUCUGGUAUUCGUGGACAAAUUAAAAAGGCUGCCAGUAAACCGGAAGGGGUAUUCCGAGCUACUUUUGAGGAUAAAAUUCAAUUAAGCGAUAUAAUAUUCUGUAGAACUUGGUAUAAAGUUGAUGUACAGAAGUUUUACACUCCUAUCACCACAUUACUCUUGCCUGAAGACCAAAAGAAUUCAUGGAAGGGAUUGCGUACUACUGGAGAGAUUAAACGCGAACGAGGCAUCCGCAACGAAGCAAAUAAAGAUAGUGCUUAUACUGAAAUUAAACGCGCACCCAAAGUGUUUAAACCUUUGGUGAUACCAGCUAAAUUACAACAAGCAUUGCCAUAUCGUGAUAAGCCUAAGCACGAUGUUAGAAUCAAGGAUAAAAAGAAGCAGAUUGAACGCGUCGCAGUAAUCCGCGAACCAAAGGAACAGAAGGUUGCCAACAUGUUGAAAAUGAUCAAGACUACAUACGAUCACAAACAGGAGCAACUCAAACAGCAAACGAAGGAGCGCAUUGCGACGCACCGCAAGAAAAUUGAAGCGAUCGAAAUGAAAAAGAAUAAGAACCUACGUGACAUCAAAAAGAACGUGUUCCGGCAGAGGAGUAAAGCACAAAUUGCAGCAGAACGCAAAGGUAAAAAAGGUGGUGGUAAUAAAUCCGCCCGCGAUGAAUUGGAUUAGAUAUUUAAAUUUAAAUAAUAAAAAAAUUCAUUAUAGACAUAUUUGUUAUGAAGUUAUGUUUAUUUGGAGCAUCUGGAAUUAAAACAGAAAUAAAUAAGUUAAAAGGGAUAUUUCGGGAGAGAUUGCUCUGGAUAUUCUAAAAACUUUGAGAUAUUAAUAAAUAUUUAUAAUAAUCA